AAAUCCCCGGCAGACUAGAGGUGUAGCUCAGUUUGUCCAUUAAAACUAUUUAUACAAAAAAUAAAAACUGCGCAAAAAGCAGAACUCUGUGGUGUCUGUAACCACCAACCUGCUGGUUUUUUGUGGGAGCGCAGUGCUUUACGGUAAAGCUGCUUGUUGAUCCCACCCUCCCUUUGAUAGAAACUCGGUGAUAUCUCACCUCUUUAAGCUAGGAGACGGGAAGAGGCAGAAAACACCUAAAACUGGGUAGUCUGAGUGAGGUCGGGUGCAGGAUUUCCUCAACCAGUCCAUUCCCCCCCCUUGUUUCUGGAAUUGGUGGUUCAGUGGCCUUCUACACAUGAACAACUAGAGCUUCAUCUCCAACUGUGGUUUAAUCUCUCACCUCUUUCAAAUCACUCCCAAAGGUGAAGUGUGUAUGGAGCAGUGUGAGAGCGCAGCGGCUCUGCUGGAGUCAGUCAGGGAGCAGGAGGUGCAGUUUGAACAGCUGACCCGGGCGCUGGAGGAGGAGAGGAGGAGAGUGGGCCUCCCUGCCACCAGCCCCUCGGCCCUGGGUCACCCCUUCCCUCACAUACAGAACGGCCGUUUAGGGGAUGCAGACAUAGAGCGGCUGAAACUCACUGACUCGUAUAUAAACAACACACAGUACAGGAUGGUGGACCCUGCACACGGCGCUCUGGAUGAGAGCUACACUCCGGAGGACGAUUCCCACGAAGCACAUUCUGUCUUCUCUGAGGAGGGAACAACCCGACGAUCUGAUAAUGGGAUGAAGAAACCAAUGUCACGCACAGUGAUGCCCAGUGAGUCGAUGGGACUCGAUGGCGGCAUUACAGUGCCCGGGAUGGGGGUCUACAGUGCCACCUUGGACCGGCCUUAUAGGCAGCCCGGAGCCGCGGAUUACCCCACCGCCACAGUACCCAGAAACUAUCACUAUGGUCCCAUGGUCGGAGGAUAUGACGACUAUCGGGGAGGGCCGCCGUCAGAAGCGUACACAAGUCUGAGCAGGGGCUCUCACAUGGAUGAGCGCUACAGGCCCGUUGACACCUACAGAACUCUGGACUCGGGGUAUAGGGCGCCGAGCCGUCAGCAGCUGGACCCGUAUGCUGCACAGCCCCAAGUGGGUCGGGUUAUGAGGGCCCUGGGCUCAGCAAUGGAAAUGAGGUAUGGUCAAGGCCCAUAUGUUUUGGAUGAGGAUCAGCGCAGCGUGGGAUAUAGUGACUAUGGCAUGGGCCCUCCGCCCAUCCACCCUGGAGGGUAUGGCACCAUGCCUCGUUUGGGGGCAGGCCCUGGUGGUAUGGAGAAGCGCAGACUUAGGAGCUGUGAGGACACUCUGGAUGGAGACAUGAGAGGAGUCGAUCCAUAUGCGUGGGGGUCUCCCAUGACGAUGGACAGAGGAAGCAUGGCUUCGUUAGAUAGCACACUGAGAAAAACGGCUCCCGGUACAUGGAGGCAGCCUGAGCUACCCGAGGUGAUUGCCAUGUUAAACUACAGAUUCGACCCGGUCAAGAUCAACGCUGCCGCCUUCCUUCAGCACCUCACAUUCAAAAACGACAAAGUGAAGUCAGAAGUACGUCGUCUGAAAGGGAUCCCAAUCUUGGUUUCCCUGUUGGACCAUCCCAGCAAGGAGGUACACCACUCUGCGUGCGGCGCGCUGAAAAACAUUUCCUAUGGACAGGACCAAGACAACAAGAUUGCCAUUAAAAACUGCGAGGGCGUUUUUGCUUUAGCCAAGCUGCUCAGGAAAACUAAUGACCAGGAUCUAACUGACACAAUUACAGGCACCUUGUGGAACCUCUCCUCCCAUGAUGCAGUAAAGAUGGAUAUUGUGGACCAUGCCCUACACGCCCUGGCCGAUGAGGUGAUCGUUCCACGCUCAGGCUGGGAGCAAGGAAACCUCGGCAGGGAGGAAACUUGCAAACCUAGACAUUUGGAAUGGGAGACUGCCUUGACCAACACUGCUGGCUGCCUUAGGAAUGUGAGUUCAGAGCGCAGCGAGGCCCGGCGAAAGCUGAGGGACUGCAAUGGACUGGUGGACUCUAUAAUGUACAUUGUUCAGUCACAAAUUAACUGCAAAGAUGUAGAUAAUAAGUUGGUGGAGAACUGUGUCUGCCUCUUGAGGAACCUUUCCUACCAGGUCCACCGUGAAAUCCCAGACGCAGAGCGCUAUGCAGAGGCCACGCCUCUAAACCAAGGUCCACCCACAGCCAAUAAAGGAGGCUGUUUUGGUUCUCGAAAGAGCAAAGAUGAGUGGUUUUCCAAAGGAAAGAAGGAUGGAGAUGAUGGAAAUGGGGAUCAUGUUGAAAUUCCAAAGAGGUCGACCCCCGCCAAAGGUUAUGAGCUGCUGUUCCAGCCAGAGGUGGUUCGUAUUUACACCUCACUGCUCAAAGAGAGCAAGAACUCCUCAGUGCUUGAGGCUGUCGCCGGAGCCAUCCAGAACCUGUGCGCUGGCCGUUGGCUUUUCGGCCGGUAUAUUCGGACCACUGUGCGGCUGGAGACGGGCCUCCCUUUGAUGACAGAGUUGCUGGCUCACGGUAACGACCGUGUGGUUCGAGCCAUGUCGGGAGCUUUGAGGAACCUUGCUAUUGAUAACCGGAACCGUGAACUUCUAGGGUCGCACGCUGUUCCCAACCUUGUGGCCAACCUGCCUGGAGGCCAGAGUCAGACCGGACGCACUUUAUCGGAGGAGACGGUGAUAUCGGUUCUGAGCACGCUUGCUGAGGUGAUGGGCAAUAACGUGGAUGCGGCAAAGCUCCUCCGACAGUCACAAGGCGUUGAGCGACUGGUGCUCAUCGUCAAGAACGGGGAGCGCUCAGAGCGUGAGGUGCGUGCCGCAGGGCAGGUCCUGCAGCUUGUCUGGGCUCACAAGGAACUGCGCCGCCCACUUGAGAAAGAUGGCUGGAAGAAGGGAGACUUCAUGGUCAGCCCUAACCCUAACACGAGCAACGGCCCGAGCACCCGAGCCAACGGCACCCACGAGGACAGCUCCAUGCCACUGCUGGACAAGGGAGAAAAGAGGGACAUGAUUCCAUUAAGUGACAUCUAUCCUGAGUCCUACUCUACACUGGACCAGAGGGAGAGAAGACAAACUCUGGAUGAUACCGCGGACACUUUGCAGCGAGGGGUCUAUGGGGGCAGAAAGGGCUCCCUGCCUUUGCUGGACUCCUACGAUGGUUAGCCCUACCCGCUCCCCCGUUCUCCCUCUGCAUGUAACAGCAUGAAAAACUGAUCGUGUGCAUUACCCAGACUGGGCCGUCCCUGCCACACCACCGCUACUGACGAGAGAAGAUCCAGACGCCACCUUCCUGCCCCGCUUUCACCUCUCCGUCGCCGUGCAGAUGGGAUCAAAAGACGAGAGCUGACAUCCAAAGAGAGUGGUUUGGUCGCAGGCCCAAAGUUCCAUACUGUGCACAUGUUCAUGCAUACACGCCCACCUAUUUCAUUCAAAGUGUAGCAGCAGAAAUAUUCUCUGUUUAUAAAUUAUAACUCUUCUGUAAAGGCAAUCACCUUUGUUGACAAUCUUUUUCAUUUUGGUGUAGUCAGUCAUCCUGCUUCUUUGUUUCCUUACUUUUUGCUACUGUUGAGAAUAAAAUGUUGUAACGGCCGCCAACGUCCGCAUCCUGAUGACAGAUUUGUAUAACUUCUAUGUAGGGUAUAUACUGUACAUAUAUUAAAAACAAAAAAAACCAUCAAUCUGGAUGACUGCAUUAGUUUUGGCUCAUUAAGUUAAACCGUCUCUUUAACUGGGAAUGUUAGAAAGUGGGAUGUCUCAACAGGCCGCCUUUAGCUGGAGAAUGUUUGUUUAUACAGGACUUCCUGUCUGGAGUAACUUCCACUUUCUGUUGGGAUGAGCACAAACCUGGAAGGACAGGUGUGUGCAUAUUUGUAAAGUGCUCCACCUGUGGCAGUUUGCCGUGUAGGAGACGACAUCCGUGGACCCUUAUUGUUUGUUUGUUAGAGUGAGUGCAUUUCUGUGUACAGGCACCCCAUGCAGAAGACUGGAUUUCUGCUUUUCUGUUUGGUUUUAACGUUCCUGCUGCCUCUGUUAUGCUUUUAAUGAUUUUUUUUUUUUUUAUUUACUCCCCAAAUCAAUAGGUAGUUUGUUUCCUGUCUGGAUUGAACAGGCCUGCCCACAAGUCUGACCUGGUACUGAAGUAGAAAGCUGUGAUUAAAACACUACACUUAAACCACUAUUAUCCAAACAUUCCUGGCUACGUUGUUGAGAGAUCAGUGGUUUAGUCUGUUUGUUUGUCAGAAUGAAGUCAUUGUGAAGCAGUAGAUCUGCCUAAUGAACUCAAAUUUGGGAAGCUUCUUCAGUUAAAGACUUGUUUUCCUCAAACGGUUAUGGGAGAGAUGCUCAUGUUUUUAUUUAAAUUGAGAGGCAGCGAAAAAGCACACUUUGAUUCAUUUGUUUGUACUGUGUGUUGUGACUUUAAUUUUAUUUUAUUCCUUCUGCAUCCGAUUUUUUUGUUUUAAUUUUAGGGGGGCCGUAUGUGGACGAAAGCAUUAUGCAACUUGAUGUACCUUUUUAUUUCAACUUUUACAGCUACGUACAGAAGAGACCAAUUUUCUUUAUUUUUCUUUUUGUUUUGUUUUUGCUCUUUUUUUUUGUUUCUUUUUUUCUAAUCUUGUUUUCACAUAGUAUAUUUGUACUGUUGCCUAUCCAUGUGAAAUUAUGAUGUACCAUGCAUACCUGCCUUGGCUCUGAGAACUUGCUUUUUCAGUGAAGUAUGUAACUGGUCAAACUGUUUUUAUAAAUAAAGAGCUUUUCUUAGACGAGA